AUGUCCGUAUCACGACAGGGGAAGCACUCAACAACGACAGCGAUUGACAGUGAUUGCGCCGAAGUGGAUUUAACCGGAAUGCAGUGGGCCAGAAGGAUCAGACUCCCACCGGUCGACAUCCAGGACGUCUACCGUCAAAUCCAGGCCGAUGCCGGCCGGCAGCUCGGAUUGCGUGAUUACCAGGAAUUGGUACGAGUGAACUGUACGAAUAGAUUGAAACAUAAAAAUAAUGAUAUGCGAUGA